AUGAACUACAGGACUACUGACACGAACCACAGGACUACUGACAUGAACUACAGGACUACUGACACGAACCACAGGACUACUGACAUGAACUACAGGACUACUGACACGAACUACAGGACUACAGACACGAACCAGAGGACUACUGACAUGAACUACAGGACUACUGACACGAACUACAGGACUACUGACACGAACUACAGGACUACAGACACGAACCAGAGGACUACUGACAUGAACUACAAGACUACUGACACGAACUACAGGACUACUGACACGAACUACAGGACUACUGACAUGAACUACAGGACUACUGACACGAACUACAGGACUACAGACACGAACCAGAGGACUACUGACAUGAACUACAAGACUACUGACACGAACUACAGGACUACUGACACGAACUACAGGACUACUGACACGAACUACAGGACUACUGACACGAACUACAGGACUACUGACACGAACCAGAGGACUACUGACACGAACUACAGGACUACAGACACGAACCAGAGGACUACUGACAUGAACUACAGGACUACUGACACAAACUACAGGACUACUGACAUGAACUACAGGACUACUGACACGAACUACAGGACUACAGACACGAACCAGAGGACUACUGACAUGAACUACAAGACUACUGACACGAACUACAGGACUACUGACACGAACUACAGGACUACUGACAUGAACUACAGGACUACUGACACGAACUACAGGACUACUGACAUGAACUACAGGACUACUGACACGAACCAGAGGACUACUGACACGAACUACAGGACUACAGACACGAACCAGAGGACUACUGACAUGAACUACAGGACUACUGACACGAACUACAGGACUACUGACAUGAACUACAGGACUACUGACACAAACUACAGGACUACUGACAUGAACCAGAGGACUACUGACAUGAACUACAGGACUACUGACACGAACUACAGGACUACUGACAUGAACUACAGGACUACUGACAUGAACCAGAGGACUACUGACAUGAACUACAGGACUACUGACACAAACUACAGGACUACUGACAUGAACUACAGGACUACUGACAUGAACUACAGGACUACUGACACGAACCAGAGGACUACUGACAUGAACCAGAAGACAACCGACGUGAACCAGAGUAAACCAGAGUGAACCAGAAGACUACCGACGUGAACCAGAGGACUACCGACGUGAACCAGAGGACAACCGACGUGAACCAGAGGACUACCGACGUGAACCAGAGGACAACCGACGUGAACCAGAGGACUACCGACGUGAACCAGAGGACUA